AGAAAACCGGACUUGUGGGACGUCUUUCAUCCCCGGACUAUUUAUUUUUCUCUUAUUCCUUUCAGAGUAUCAGAGAACAGGGUGGUCCGCAGCACAGACAUUACCAAUCCGUUCAGGUUGGAUGUAAAUCUUACCGAGUAAAACUUUUAUUUUUAUUUGCUGAAGUCGUUUAACCCGAGGAAUAACUUCACACUAAACGAGGACAGAGCAGAAGGCUCAAUGGAUCGUUAUGAUAAUCUGGAUUUGGAGUGUGAUGAAGAAGUGGGAACCGUCUCUCAAAAAACGGCGCUGUUUGGUGGGAUGUUCAAGAAAACCAACAAGUCUGCAGAACCAUCUACCAAAGCGCAGGACAGUUUAUCAACAAACGGUGAACUCUCAAAGAGCAACGACAGUCUGACCGACAACCACCACGGCAAGGACAAAGGUGGAGUUUUUAAAGGAAUGUUUAAGAAGACGGCCAAGUCUUCUAAAGAGGGUGAUCCCCAGGUUGCUAUUUCAUCAGAAAGCCUCGAGUUCUCCGGCAGCAGCGAGAACCUGACAGAGAAGUCGUCAAAGGAUAAAUCGGGUGCAGUGGGUUGGAUAAUAUCUCCCCGACCAGGUCAUGUCCGCAGACCUUCACAGGACCUUUUGGAGCUCUCGGCUAGUAAUGACAGUCUCAACGACAAAACCAGCAUCAAUAAGGAGUCAGGGGGGAUGUUCAGUGGGAUCUUUAAAAGGUCCCCAAAACCCAGAAGAGCGGGGGAACCAUCACAGGAAGACUUGUCAGCACAGAGUGAGCUUUCAGAAAGCACCGACAGUCUUUCUAACACUAAGGAGUCAGGAGGGAUGUUGAGCGGUAUGUUUAAAAAAGCCUCAAAGCCCUUUGGUGCAAGAGCAAAAUCUCAGGAGGAUUUGUCUGCAGCCAAUGGGCCUUCUGGCAGCACCGACAAUCUGUCUGAGGGCCACACGAAGGAGAAAGGAGGGAUCUUAAGCGGCAUGUUCAGGAAAAAAGGGGCCAAAUAUCAGUCUCAGGAUGAUUUGUCUGUGGACGAUGAAAUCUCUGCCAGCAACGACAGUCUCUCAGAGAAGCCUUCAAAGAGCGGAGUUGCAGCAAAGAUCCUAAAGAAUCCUUUCACCUCAUCAUCUCAGGAAACUGUAAAGACUGAAAGCUCUGGAGACUCGAAUGCCAACAGUUCUGCUGCACAAACGCCAAAAGCUAAACAGAACGGCUUGAAUGCAAUGAUGAAAAGCACAUUUUACACUGACAAAGAGGAAAAGAGCUCCAGCACUGAUGAAGACACUUUAGAAAAUGGAGAUAACCAACCCAGUCAUAAACAGAGUAAACUGGCUGGGGCAAUGACGAAGCUUAAUCCAUUUCGAGCUGCAAACAAAUAUGAGAAACAAGCUGGAUCCGAUGACGAGGAAUCUGCCGUGACCAGUGAGAAGUUACCAAGCAACAAACCGAACUCCAUGGUUGAAGCCAUGUCCAAACUGAAUCCAUUCCGCUCCGCAAAUAAAAAAGGCACAGAAAACACAGACAUGACAAAAGAGAAAGAAAAGCCAGAUGAGGUCAAAAGUAAUUUGAUCCAGCCGGAAAGGACGACAAGAAGUGAAACACCACCAGUCCGUCCCAAACCAGCUCAAGAGAAGAUGAAGGCGGCGUCCACAAAUGACAAAGUAAAACCCAGAAGAACUGAGGAGAAGAGCCAAUCGGAUGAUGAAAGUGCCAAAGAAGGUGAAUCUGCUGGAAGAACGGACGGCAACGAGAACCAUCCCGAGAACAAAAAAACCAAAGAGAAAAAAACCAAGCGCCACAAUCCCUUCAUGCCUCGUGCUGCAAUUGAGGCUGCAUCUGAUGAUGAAGGGCUGAAAGAUGAUGAUGAUGUUGCAUCCAGAGAGGAAAAGAAAGAAGAGGGCAAGGAUGAAGCUAAAGAGACCAAAGUCAAGAAGAAGCCCAAGAGACUCAACCCCUUCAUGCCACAGGUUAAGGCCAAAGUUGUACAGAGGCAAGCACAAGAUGGGGCUGGGGGCAGCGAAGAGAACGACAGGUCCUUGUUUGACCGGCUGGAGGACUUUCGUCUUGGCCCCUCACGGCCUGGAAACAGUCAGGAUUUUGAGGAUCUCAUGAACUGGUGGAAAAAUGUGGAAGCAUGGGAGGACACGCCUCAAGAUGAUGACAUGACAGAAAAAGAAGAGGCCAAGGCUUUUGCCUUGACGGCAGAGAAGGUGCAGAAGGGAAUCCGUGUCUUCAACAAACUUUUCUCGGAGCGAGCUGAGAGCCUUUGGCAGCAUGUCAUCGAUCUCAACGCCAUCGCAGACGGUCUGGACAAGUUCAACAAGAACACAAAGAUUGCUCAAAUCACUGGUGGUUCCACAAGUGCAAUAGGGGGCGUCGCCACCAUCGCUGGCCUUGCCCUGGCUCCGGUUACCAUGGGAACUUCUCUCAUCAUCACGGCAGUCGGACUGGGUGUGGCCACUGCGGGCGGUCUUACGUCAGCCGGCGCUGGAAUCUCCAACCAGGUCAACAACUCAAUGGACCGCAAGAAGGUGGAGAAGAUUGUGGAGGACUACCAGGAGAAGAUGCUCGACCUCAAUAAGUGCCUGACCUUCAUCAAGCAGGGGAUUGAGAACCUGCGCAAAUUCGACUUGAUCAAAAUGAAAAAGAACGCCUACAACCAGGACUUCCCUGCGCUCACUAGUAGUUUCUAUGAGGACGGUGCCAUGGUAGGCAAGGCGAUCCUCAUCAACGCCAAUGAGAUCAUGCGUGUGGUGCAGAUCGCCAAUGUAGCAGGCAGCACGGCGGCCAGAGCAGUCCAGAUCGCCAGCAUGGCCACCGGCGUGCUAACGGGACUCUUUGUGGGUAUGGACAUCUACUUCGUAGCAAAAGACUCUAAAGAACUCAAGAAAGGGGCAAAGUCAGAGUUUGCUGCCAAAAUCAGGGAGGUUGCAACGCAGCUGCAUGAUGGUUUGGUGGAGCUCAACGGCAUACGUGAGGAGCUGCAAUCUACCACGUCAGAAAACAAGAACGAGGAAGAUUCCAAAGCUUUAGACAAUGAAAAGAAAGAAAAAAGUGACAAAUAUGACAGUUCAGAUGAAGAUGAAAUUGACCGCAUUAAAAAAGCCAUCAAGAAGGACAUUGAAAACAGGGAUUAUGAAACACAAGACUGGAAAACCUCAUAAAAGUGCAUCAUUAUCCUCCAGGAAAGAUUCAAGCAGUGUCAUAACGCCACAGUUCUUUAACAUUUUUCAAAGCAUAUUGCAGUUGAUUUUUUUGGUGGUUGUUGCCAAUUUUUUUUAAAGUUUAAACUACAAUCAGGUGUCUUUUUAAAGCUCUUCAUAAGAGAUUUCAAACUAAUCCGAAGGUAUCUUAACUUUUCUGUCAGAAAACUGACUUUAACAGCUCAUCACGUAAACUACACAGAUACUGUUUGAAACUGACAUUUUCUUCAGUAAACUGGAUUAUAAGGUUUGAUUAAAUUACACAUUUAGAUGGUCACAUCUUAAUGAAAAAUAUUCAGUACAUUUCGGACCUUAAUAUGAACCUUAAAGCCUUUCAUGUUUUUCCUUAAAUGGGACAUGUGCCUUGUAUUUAUAAUGCCUUAGGAGUAGGGUGUGAUUAUAGUCUGGCCUUUGACGGUAGCGAAACAUCCUCUGCUGUUUUGUGAAGAUAUUUAUUAACUUUAUAGUGGGUUUCACACUAAUGUUCACUACAAAAAGUGCAGCUGCACCAUUAACAGUUCAUGUCAUCUCUUUGCUGGAAAGAUGUUGGAAACUAUGCAUCAAAGAAGUCAAAAUAUGCAACACAACUAACAAAGAUAACAGUUUUACGACUAAUUGUCUAUACCUUUAGACCUGUUUUACCGAAGUUGGUAGUAUUCAACCAGUUAAGAAUACAAUCAGCAUUAUUUUGUCUACGUUUUUAGCCAUACUUUGUAACUUUAUCUGUUUGAUGGCAGUUUACAGUGCUAUUAACUGAUAUUUUGUGAAUCUUCUUUUCCCUUUAAUCUCACUAAAAUCUAUAGAUCCCAAGGGAUUUUUGCCAGUUUUAGCCUAGCCAGCUGAUUUCAUCAUGUAAAUUUAAACCUGAGUGUCGUCGGGUUUUAAUGUCGUUUUUAGCUGCUAAUUUCAAUGUUGCUUUUUUUUCCCACUUUUUAUUUUGAGCUGUUGGACAUUUAGUGAUGGUUCAGAUUGGUCAACGACUGGAGAACUGAGUUAAGUUUUAAUUAAAUCAACAGCAGGACAACACAUUUAUGAAGACUUUCUUUUCAUUAGACUUUGGAAUAAAAUCAUUAUGUCCUGUCUUUUCAUUAGACUUUGGAGUAAAAUCAUUAUGUCCUGUCUUUUCUGUAUAUUCUGAUGGUGUCAGCUGGUCUGUGGUCUGUCAAAUAUAAAUUAAUAUUUAUCGUUCUUUUCCUACAUGGCAAAUUUGAUCUGUCUGUGAUACUUUGAAUGUGCAAUAUACUGUCCAUAAUUAAGAAAUAUGAAUAAAAAACUAAAGCCUAGCUCAUUUUAUUUUUGUGUUG